AUGGCGUCGCCCUACGACGAGUUUUGCGGAAGAAUCAGUAGCGAGUUCAACAGAGAAUUUGAUAAUCAAGAUAAAGAAUCAAGAUUUGCUGGACUCGGGAUGAUCAAGACAGUUUUGCCACAGCCAGAACUGGACAAAUUCUACAACAUUCUCAAAGAUGAGCAAGUUGAGCGGCCAGACGACGCGCAGGCUUUCAAACAAAUUAUCGAGAGAAGAAUGCUCUAUGAGUUCCUAGCCGCUAUGCUUUGUGCCCAAUGUUCAUUCGAAGCAGCAAUGGCUUUUGUCGACAAAAUGGUGCUGGGCAAUCUUGCAAAAAUACAAGAGAAAAGGGCUGAGAAACCGUACUAUCUGCCUCAAUCUGAACGAGAUCUCGAAACUCUCUUUGGUAAUUUCACAGAUGCACGAAAAUUCCUCUCGGUACAGAAAUUAUUUUGUGUAAUCGUGUUCGGGAGUGUGGACGUUGUCACCAUCAAGACAGACGAGAUGAAAUCUCUACCAUGGACUGUUAACAAAAAACUUAAUUCUGGCACCUAUGGCAUAGUAGAGGAAGUCACUAUAUCCUCGGAUCAUUUGACGACAAACGGGGACUUUAACAAUGUCAAUUCAAUGACAGUGCAGCUUGCUCGAAAAUCAUUUGUUGAAGCGCCCAAUCCCAGGAAGAAUUUUAAUCAAGAGCUGCAGACGAUCCGCAGGAUUCUUCGCAGUUCUUCGAAGAGCGAUAAUAUUCUUACCAGCCUGGCUGCCAUUGUCGUUGAAGAAACAAAGGAUACUAACUUCUAUCUUUUGAUGCCCUUGGCGCUUUGUGACCUCAAGCAGUACAUGGAGACAGAUCGACAAAUGGAUGUGAAGUUCAAAGCAAGACUUAUUGGUUCUGCUAUGGGGCUAGCAAAUGGGUUGAGUUUUCUUCACAAAAACAUCCACAGCGAUGAAGGAGAUCAUAUCUGCUAUCAUCUAGACCUGAGGCCCGCCAAUGUUCUUCUUUUCAAGGACCAACACAGUUCAUAUGCGGACGAAAUGGUUUGGAAACUUAGCGACUUCGGCAUCUCGAAAGUUAAGACCGUUCACGAACCAGGAAAGAAACCGAAGAACAGCGGCACAGAAGAAAGUCGACUUUUGAAGGAUCUAUUCAGAACUCAGGAAUCGGACUCAGGAGAAGGUGUUGCAUCGGAUACCAAAAACGUACGAGGACGAAGCACGUUCUCCCCCCCUGAGGCUACGAAUUCUAAGCCUGAAAUGAAUGAGAACAGCGACAUAUGGUCUUUGGGCUGUAUCAUUAGUGUGCUGUUCACAUAUAUGGAAAAUGGUCACAAAGGCGUCACGAAGUAUGCCAGCGCUCGGGGCGAGUGUGCUAAAGACAAGCAUGACGCAUUUUGGAAGUCUUUCGCGAUAUAUCGGUAUGAAAUUAACGAUGCGGUAUUGACAGAGCAUAGCUCACUUAUUGACAAGUGCUCUGUCGCCCAAAAGGCAGCUAUGGAGGAUAUGCUGGGGUUUCUAGAGACGGAUGUGCUCAAAAUUAACAAGAGGAUGCGGUGCGACGCCAAGAAAAUAUCUGGACGACUCAGAAACACAAAGAAAGCUUAUUUGGAGGAAACAUCUCGACCGGGCUCGUUGGACAGGACGACUCGAAAGAGUGUCGAACAGUCUACAAGCAGAAGCAAAGCAUCAUGUAGUGUCGAUCGAUGGCAACUAGGAAAAAAAAAGUCUGACAACUUCAAAGGCUGUGAUAGUUCACCAAAUGGCAGCUUCUUGGCUUACUGGAAUCACCAGACCAUCAUGGUUUUCGACGUCAGUGCUAAUCGACGCGAGCUUGUAGCGAAAAACGGAUUAAGUGAUCGUUUGAGAGCGUCGUUUGAUUCAUUUCGAGGGGCUACGACACGAGAACCGACAUUUGAAUGCUAUGAAAAAGAAACCGACAAACCCGAAGAGUGCUGGUGCGCAGUCAAGUUGACGAACAACUACAUUGUUGCCAUAAGUUCUAGUCGCAAAGAUAGCCAUUGCUACAUAUUCAAGAUCGGGGACGGGACAAACCUAAGCGCACGCUACAAGAAGCCUCUUUUGAGAAAGGAAUUUCACGCGCUAUCUGUUUGUCAAUCUCCAGAUACCUUGGCCUGUCUCCUGAGCGACGCGACGAAUGGCAGCAUCCUCUGGAGGGCUAAGAUCCAUUGGGAAAACCCUCAACCAGACACUAUGGCGACCGGUCACACAGAUGGAACAUCGAGUAGCGGAAACAACGAAAUUAGGCUUGAGUUGGUGGAGGAGAAGGAAUUUCCAGUUGAGAGACCUGACCAACAACUCGAGCAUUUCAUACUCGACACACACGAAACAUGCUACAUGGUAUUUCCUAUGCGCAGAGAUCCCCUUGCCCUAUCAGUUGUUCUCAACAACUUUGAAUUGCAGAAAUCUGUCACACACCGUUUGCUGUUGAAGAAUCACGGACAUACAAUGUCGAGGAUGUUCACAGACAUGACACCAUUCUACAAGGGUAGUAGCAUUUCAGAAGCCUUCAUGGUUACGCACUCCGACCAGAUCUGGCAUUUCAAGUCUGGAAGGACAUGUAACAAUCUGACAGUAGACGGUUACCAGCCGACAGAUCAAUAUCGUCUACUGAGUAUCACCACUUGUGAAGAAACAGGACGAAUAUUUGCUCUGGGUGGGUACUCGGGCUGCACAAGCAUCGAACUGCUAGAGAUUGGACUCGACGGCACCGAUGUCGACCCCAAGCUCACCAAGAGAGCAAAGUUGAAUGGACUCCCUGAAAAUUCUGAAAAAUUACAUCUCAAGGUUAUUCACAAGUCAGGAACGGCAGCUGUCUUGGUUAUGGCAGUUAAGCCGACAAAACAAUACGUUAUAGAUCUAUGA